ACAUUUUUACAUGUAUGUUUUAGGAAUCUGGUUCGAGUUCCACAGAAGAGGCUCACUGUGAAACUGAAGUGAAGGAGAUGGACCACAGCAGUGCUGAUCAGGACUGCGAGUCCACACAGAUGCUGCACUACCUCAGUAAAGAGGAGGCGGUUGCCAUGGAGAUGGAGUUGCUCAGAGACUAUCACUUUGGUGUACAUCAGCUGACAGAAAUCUUAGGCCACGCUUGUGCUAUUGCCAUCACAAAGAUGUACCCACUGAGCACUCUGGGUAAGAGGCAGCCCACUGUAUUAGUGGUGUGUGGGCCAGAUAAGAAUGGCUGCAUCGGCCUGGCAUGUGCACGCUAUCUGAGAUUAUUUGAAUACAUGCCUACUGUCUUCUACCCAAAACGGUCCUCACAAAUCCCUCACCUGGACUUCACAGUACAGUGUGAGAAAAUGGACAUCCCCUUCCUGUCCUACCUGCCCACAGAGGUGCAGCUGAUAAACGAUGCAUACAAGCUGGUGGUGGAUGCACUGCUGGGUCCAGAGACAGAACCAGGAUCAGCAGAACCCUUCACAGGCAUUAUCCUCACUCUCCAAGGGGUCAAAAUCCCCAUUGCUAGCCUGGACAUUCCUUCAGGAUGGGACCCUGACAAAGCCAGCACUGAAGGGAUUAUUCCUAAUGUCCUUAUCUCUCUGAUGGCACCAAAAAGAUGCGCACUCAGUUUCUCUGGUAUUCAUUUACUCGCCGGACGCUUACUGCCCUACGAUAUUCAGAAAAAAUAUGAGCUCAAUCUACCAAAGUUCCCCAGUACAGCAUGUAUUACUGAAAUCCUUUAACAAGCCUGCAUAUAUU